CUAUAAUCGCGUAAGCGGUGUCUACGCCAAUUAAGAAGAAGAAGGAAUAGACCACGUCCAGCACGCAGUGAAGAAAAUAUAGCAGCCGAAGCUGCGGAUGUACACGAAACCCGUGGAGAGUCUACUUGGACUAACGUAUGAAACGAUUUGGGCUCAUGAAAAGCUCCAAAAUGAUUCGAUGUUUUCGAGCCAAAUUUUGUUCAGCGAUGAGGUCCACUUCUGGCUCAUUGGGUAUGUAAGACAGCAAAAUUACCGUAUUUGGGAUGAAAAGCAGCCUGAAGAGAUUCAAGAGGUGCCAUUUUAUUCAGAAAAAUCUUUUUUUCGUGUGGUUUGUGGGCCGGUGAAAUAAUCGAUCCAUAUUUCCUCAAAAAUAAUGCGAGUGAGAAUAUAACCGUCAAUUGUGACCUUUAUUGCUCUAUAAUAACCAACUGCUAUAUACAUUAAAUUGAAGCUCAUGACCUCGGCGACAUUUGGUUUCAACAAUACGGCACCACUUCCCACACAUUGCAUCAAUCAAUGGAUUUUAAUUGAGAGAACACUUCGGUGAGUAGAUAAUUUCACGUUUUGGGCCGGUUGAUUGGCCACCAAAAUCGUGUGAUAUCACAACGUUAAACUUUUUCCUGUGAUGAUACAUAAAGUCGAAAGUAUAUGCGGACACUUCCGCUUGGAUUUAGGCCUUGGAGCAAAACAUCACGCGUGUCAUUCGCCAAUUACCAGUAAAAAGGGCGAACGAGAAAUCAAAAAUUGGACUCAACGGAUGAACCAUCUGAGAAGUAGCCGCGGCCAACAUUCGAAAGAGAUAAUUUUCAAAAAAUAAAUGGCAAAAAAUGUUUAUUCUUUGAAAUCGACAAAGAGGUGGUGUGUAUCAAUCCUUUUUUCACGGGUCUUUUCCAAGAUUUGAAGCAUUAUGAAUAUCUGGUCAGUUGUUGAUUUUCCAUACCUCAAGUCACACUAAUAAGGUCCAAUCAGUUUGCUGACGGUGAGCUCGAUAGAGCCUUAUAUACGAUGUUGGGAAAGCUUAUCCCACGGUAGUUGUGGCGUCUCCAUUUUUGUGCAUUGGACGGAGUACACUUAAAUUCCAAUCGUUAGUUUCAUGAACUGUGUGCAUAAUAAUAUAAAAAACCGAAUUUACAUCUAGGACAACAAAACCACUGUAGAUCAGUGUAGUUAAUGUGGUCUACUUCUUCUACUACUUUUUAAUGGUGUUAUCAAUUUGGUAUACAUAUUUCUAACAUCGAAAGAGUAAGUCCCAGUCCCAGUUUGUUUUACAGGCCACAACGCUUCUAAAAGCAAAUUAUUUUCCAUCCUUUGUUAUAUAAUUCGUCUGGGAUACCACUAAGCUUCUCUGGAAAUCUUCCUUUCCCGACCUUAAUAAACACAGAGAUCGUGUGAUUGCUGACCCUGACUGCCGCGUGGUAGUUACCUAUAACCAUGAAAAAACGGGUAUAAACACGCAAACACUUGGAAACAUGCUCAAAUCUCUGCGUACGAAAAACACUCAAUUCGUCGACUUCGAGCGCUAUGGCAACGAGCAACUCGUACUGGGUGCUGUUUAUCAAAACAAAAUACUUUAAAUUGAAUUUCCAAAGCAACAAACUGCAAUAUCAAUCGCUUUACAGAAACGAACGAGAAAAUAUAUUUUUCAAGAAGCUUACAAUUUGUGUGAAUUAUUAACGCUUAAAAAUAAAUACAAAUAUUUUAUAUAAAUCUACACGGAGAGAAAAAAAUCCACCGAUUGCCAAUAUGAUGAGUGAUGAAAAUCAAGCCGAAAAUGCAGCAAAGCCGGCAUCGGGUGUCGAUUCUGGACCCGAACCGCGUUCGGAGUCCGAACAGGAGCGCGCAAAUGAUACGCACUCCGAGUGCGACUUUGCACGCCUACCAGAGCCGCCUAAGCCCGACGAACCGGAGCCAGUACGCUUAGCGCUCCUGCCACCGGACCACCCACUCUUGCAGAAAUUUCAAGCCAAUUUAAAGGACUAUCUUUUGCGUACGAAGGAACAACUCAAGAAUGAAAUCGCCGAGAUCAAAUAUCAAUUAAAGUUGAAGGAGGCGGCACGCGAAGAGCAAGGCGCCAAGCUAUAUGAUCUGCAACAGGGUAUUAACCGGCAAAAUGAACAGUUGGAAGAUUAUGUGCAGCAGAUACAAACGAACAUGCAGAAACGUGUGGAAAUGGAGAAUGAAGUGACGCAACUGAAAGCGGAAUACGAACAGCGUUUGCAAACGAAAAAGGAGCAAAAGCAAAAAUACAACAAACGCAUGGUUGAAUUGGAGAAUAUGAACACGUUGGAGGGACACAUACGCAACUGGGCCGAUGAGGUGAAGGACGAAGUGAAGAAUGCCAAACGUAUUGUGCAUCGUGAUACUCAGUUGCAAAAGCAACUGUCCGAGGACAAGAAGAAAUCCGAUAUGCUCUUUUAUCAUCUGGAUGUGGAGGUGAAACGCAAGGAGCAUGAAGUCGAGAUAGUGCGCAGCGAGUUGCAGGAUAUGCGCGAUAUAACCGAUGUGCUAAAGACGAGCAUUAAUGAUGCCAAUACUGACUUGGAGGUGCUGCAAACUGAGCACAAGCGCUUAACACAAGCCUGGAGUGAGGUCAUUGUAGCCAUACAGCAUCGUGACAAAAUACUCUAUCAAGCGCAACAAUCUAUGGGCAAAGAGAAAGAAUCUAUUACACUAAACACAAUGAGUAUUGAGUCAAUUAAAAAGCAGAUAACGAAGGAGACAAAACAAAACGAAAAAUUGGAAUCUUUCAAAUCGCGACUCCUGGCCGAUUGUGGAAAUCUUAAACGUGAAUGUCAAAAACAAGCGGAGACAUUGCUCGGACUGCAAGUGAAACUCGACGAACUGCCGCUUUGGUUGAAACAAAACGAGAAGGAUUUAAUCGAAGCAAAUCGUGAGGGUACCAAUUUGGAAACCGAAUUGCGCAGAAUGCAAUGGAAGAGCGAUAAACUAUAUGCCAAGAAAUAUCAAAUGGAAGAGAACAUGCUAAAAUUGGCGCAAGAUCAAUUGAUCACCGACAAAGCUAGUCAGUAUCGCUUGAAACUUUUGCGCGAAGCACAGGAAACACGCAGGGGUACCGAACUAAAUUUGGCUGUAGUUCAAAGUCAACUCUCAGACACUUUGUUGGAUACGGAGCGUUACCGGGGCAUAUUAGUGAAAUUGAAUCAAGAUAACGAGGAAUUAGAAAAGAAAUUACAUAGUGUGGAUCACAAUGCCGAAUUGAUUGUAGCCGAGAUGCAUGCGUUGGAAACACAAAUCGAUAUCAAAAUGAAAAAGAUUGAUCGCUUAUCAAAUCGCCUGGAAGAAAUAAAUCGCAUGGGCGAGGAAGCGGCCAACAGUGUGCAGGCAAAGAAGAUCAAGAUAUUGGAGCGUGGCAUAUUAGCCACCGAACAGCAGAUACGAGAGCUCCAGCAAUUUUGGUUGAUGAUGCAGAAUCACUAUGUUAAUCUAUCGGAAAAGCGCAAUAAUCAACUUACUGAAAUACAGGUCACCCAAAAACAGCUCAGUAUAAUCAAGCAGAAAUCGCUGAAAAUCGAUGUAGAUCUUGAAAAGCAGGAAGAGGCCACAAAAGAACUCGAACAUGACAUACAAAUCUAUUUGACUAAAGUAGAACUCUUAAAUAAAAAAAUGUGUAAUGCGCGCCAACAGCACGACAACGAGGAAAACGAAUGCCAGAUGGAGCACAAUGAACUAGUACUCAAGUUGAAGGAUCACGAAAUGAAUGUUUUAAAUAUGGAGGCCGAAAUUGAUGAGCUGCAGGAUGAAAUCGAUCAUUACAAAGACUUGGUGCUGGACAAACAUCGCGAAUCAUUGUCGUGGGAAACCAAAUAUAAGCUAAUCGAAGAGACGCUACGUUGGCGCAAAGACGAAACGAGUCUCACAAGUGAAAUCGGCAAUAUGAAAUCGGAAAUACAUCGCAUGAAGAUACGAUUUCAGCAUUUGGCGCGCGCACAAGAGAAGCUCGCACAAGAUUUGCAACACGGUGUGGCACAUCGUGAACAUAUCUAUAUAGCUGCGUCGGCAAAGAAGCUCGCCGAGGUAAAAGCGCAGCGCAUCAAGACUGGCAUUUCGUCACAACAAAAAGUUAUCGACUUACGUAAUCGCUUGAAGAAAAUUCAAAAUGAGAUUAGUGUUAUUAGCGAUGAACAACUCGUGAAGGUCACACGUGAUAACGAACGUAUCCGUGCCGAUCUAACGCGUUUGUAUGAAGACAUUGAGCGCGAGAAGGCUCUUGAUGAGGAACUACGUCAGAAGAUUGACGAUAGCCUUUUGUUGAAACAUUACAAUUUAGAACGCAUCGUACGUAAACAGAAUCGCGCGAAAUCGUAUCGACGCUUAGGCUUGGGCACGUCUUCUCCUAAGAUACGCUCUGAAACCACAUUGAAUCAAUUGGUACAAAAGCAAAUGGAAAUAAAUGAUAAUCUACUCGAGGUGGUACAAAUUUUGAACACAGAGUUUCCAGAAAAGAAAAAAUUCUUCGCCAAAGUCACACAAGUUCUUCGUGAUUAAGUGUGUUACGUCAUGUUAGCCAGGGGCUAGGUUUUAAUAUAUUUGUUUGCAUUUUUAUAUGAAUUUUUGGCACAUUUGUAUUCAAUAUGAUUUGGAAAUAUAUUUUGGUCAUUAUGAUUUCUAAAAAAUUAA